AAACACACAAAAAAAUAAAAAUCUAGAUCCCUAAUUUUACUCCACUAACAGCUCCACGAUCAAGGUGGUUUACUACCAAUCUAUCUUCUAUAUAAACUCAAAAUGAGUUUAUUCACGCUUAAUUUUUCUCUGUAUCUAUCUACUUUUCAUUGUUUUUUAUCACGGAUUGUGAAUCACCACGCUGUCUCACGUUUGAGAUGCCUCUGGAAAUUAGUACUCUCUCAAAUCUAAAUUCUUUGAAAAAAGAAUGGAAGAUCCAAGUUCUAAUAGCAAGGACAUGGAAUUAUUUUCCAAAAGAAAAACCUGGAGUUAUUCUGGGUCUUGAAGCAAUUCUUGUGGAUGCAAAGGGAGAUCGAAUUCAAGCACCUGUGAAGAACACAUUAGUUCGAAAGUUCAAAAAAGAAAUGGUGGAAGGAAGGUUUUGUGAGAUCAUGAAUUUUGAAGUUCGUGAUAACCUUGGUGACUACAAGGGAACUGUACAUCCUUACAAGAUUAAUUUCAUGUUUACUACAUGGGUGAAGCCCUCUGAUGAGAUCCCAAGAAUAUCUCGGUUCAAUUGUUAUCCAUUUUCAGAGAUUUCAACACUAUCUAAUGUCGACGAUGCAUUCUUUGAUAUUAUUGGAGAAAUUGUUGCUAUGAGUCAGAUUACUCAGAAAGAAUGUUCUGGACAACAGUCUAAGUUGUUGGAUAUUCAACUAAGAGAUUUAAGUGGGACUAUCAUGGACUGUACUUUAUGGGAGAAUCACGCUGAAGAUGUACAUUCUUACGUUACCAAAAAAGCUGCAGGUCCUAUAAUACUACUGGGGAGUCUUAUGAGGACCAAAAAAUUUAAUGGUAUAGUAUCUGUUCAAAAUUCUAGAUUCUCUACGAAGUUGUUCCUUGAUGGAGACCUAUCUGAGAUUGCUGAAUUUAAAAUGCAGCUGGGUAAUAGGGAUUCUAAUGAUGUUAUAACAGUUUCUCCACUAAUGAAACCUGAUCUUAGCAACAAAGUUGAAGAUUCGUUCCCAUUAAGUAGGUGGGAAUCUAUUGAUCAGAUUACUAAAACUUCUCAGGAAAAAACUUGCGUUACUUUUGCAAGAAUACUGGAAUUUCGAAAGGAAAUUGAUUGGUACUAUGUUGGCUGCACACAUUGUUUGAAGACUGCCAUGCCCUAUUUUAACCCAGAAACAGAGGAAUGUGACCUCAAUAAGUAUUCAUGCCAUCAUUGCAACAAGGAAGAAACUUCCACAAGUAUAAGGUACAAAGUACAUGUCAAAGUUGUUGAUCAUACUGCUGCAACCGCUUCCUUCAUAUUGUUUGAUAGGGAAGUUAUCCAACUUCUACAUAAGUCUGCCUAUGAAUUGCUUGAACAGCAAGUUCAGUUUGAACGCCAAGGUGAAAUACCUCAAGAUCUCAUUGGUUUACAUGGAAGGAACAUUGUUUGGAUUGUUCAUGUCAACGGUACUGAAAAGAAGAAUCCACAUUCAAGUUUCAAAGUUGUAAAACUCACUGAAAAACCAGAAACUAUUCAGAAAUUUCAAGAUAAUCUGAUCUUCAAGGAGAGUACUCAAUCUGAAGUUUCGAUCAUUUCAAGCACAUCAAACGCUAUUCAGAUGGAAAAUCCGUUUUCAGAAACAUAUAAUAAUGACUUGGGUCUUUCUUCUCCUGUUACUCCAACCACAAAACGAUUACGUAAUGAUGGUGAUGGAGUUCAAGAAUCAUCAACCAAGCAAAAAUCAACAUCUAAGGAUGCUACAGUUUGUAAAGACAAGGAAUCAUCACUCCAAGUAAAAAGCAUCAACAAAGUUGGUUCCAAAGAAAAGACAUUGUGAUAUGUUAUGUCAGUUUCCUUUCAUUUUCAUGAAUGUAAAUCAUCCCUUUCUGCUUCGUUUUUUUUAAUUAUGACUUUUU